AUGUCUGAUUGCAGCUAUAAGAAUUUCUCCACUAAGACCAAGGAGGAGCCCACUUCUAACUUCACUAAGUCCACCCAGGACAAGGUCUAUCAAUUAGCUCUCUUAGCUUUCCAAACUAUGACACAAUCCAAAAUCUUUGCUACAAUAAUCGUCCUAAGCGCCCAACACAACAUGCCUCGUGCUAGUGCGCCCUGA